ACUAUUAUACUGCUCUCCUUCACUCUGCAAUGACACUAGGCCCAUGACGGAUCUGCUGCACGUGCUGCCGGACUUUGAUGCCACCCCAUUUUCCCAUCUGCUGCCCUCGCUCGACAAGGCCCUCAUCACCACCAAUGACGUCCUUACUCUCGACGCGCCCACUAUCGCCAAACGCGCCCAGGUGCCCUCCGGCGAACUGAGGAAGCUCGCAGACGCCGUGGUUGCUGCCCUGCACCGUCAGCUUGGCUUCGGACCAGAGGAACCUGCCCCCACUACCAAGCACGACUGGGCUUGCAUCAGCACCCUCGAUGACGAGCUCGAUGCUGCCCUGGGCGGCGGCAUCCCGCGUGGGUACCUGGUAGAGGUGACGGCGGCGCCGGCAAGACGCAGCUGCUUCUGACCCUCCUCUUGGCCUCUCAGCUCAAGUCGCCCCACGGCUUUGCAAAGUCGGCAGUCUACGUCUCCACCGAAGCUGUCCUGUCUACCACCCGCCUUGCCCAGAUAUUGUCCACCCACCCGGCCCUAGUCUCCCUCCCCGAUGCUGAGAAGCCUUCGCUAUCACGCAU